UAUAGCGAAAGGCUUGCGGGUUGAGAGAUCACUCACAAAUGACCCUCCCUGCCCUGCUGCCCACGGGGCUUGGGAUGAGCCCAGCACACGGGGAUGGAUUUCUGAGGAAUCCCAGAGGAAUGCCCACGGCACUGGAUCUUCCGCGGCCGAGCAAUGUCCAGCCUCUCACGCACCAUGAGAGCGUGCGGCGAUCUUUGCGGCUCCCUCCCAACGGAGUAAAUGGGUACAUCUCCACACCAGCUUUCUCUCGACUGACACCCGACGAGGUGGUUCGGAUGCGUAAUGAGCUCUUCACCAAAGAGAAAGAGAGACAAUUGGCUCUUCACCCAAGGAUUGAGAAAAUUGAAGUGAAAUACACUGGGAAGUUGCACCAUGGCAGUGUGUUUGUCAUGAACAAGGCUCUGUCUACGCCGUACAACUGUGCCAUGCAUUUAAGUGAAUGGCAUUGCAAGAACUCUGUUUUGGCUUCUGUGGAUGGUGAAAUCUGGGACAUGUACAGACCCCUGACCAAAUCAUGUGAAAUUAAGUUCCUUACCUUCAAAGAUGAAGAUCCAGAGGAAGUAAACAAGGCAUAUUGGCGUUCCUGUGCCAUGAUCAUGGCAUGUGUGCUAGAGCGAGCAUUCAAGGAUGAAUACUCAGUCAACCUAGUUAAAACUCCAGAAGUGCCAGUGAUCUCUGGAGCUUUCUGUUGUGAUGUGGUUUUGGACAAUAAACUGAAUGACUGGAAACCAACAAAUGAAAACUUCAGUUCUCUUACAAGGGAUGCCAAAAAGCUAAUCCAUCAAGACCUUCCCUUCGAAACACUGCAUGUUGAAGCAAAAGUAGCACGUGAAAUGUUUCAGCAUAAUGUAUACAAAAUGGAGAUGAUAGAAAGAAAAGCUGCUCAAAAUAUGGAAGGAAUUGUACCAUUACAUAGGUUUGGUGACUUUGUAGAUGUUAGUGAAGGUCCUCAUAUUCCAAGGACAGGUUUCUGUUUCCAGUACGAGAUAACAGCAGCCCAUAAUCUUCAGACUGACCAGUCUGAAUUGAUAAGGAGGUUCCAGGGUGUGUCCUUGCCAGUCCAUUUGAAGGCUCACCACACUGUGUGGCACAGACUGCUGGAAAGAUCAAAGAAGCUGGUCACUGAAGAAGAAUAUUUGGAAGCAGCAGCAUCAUGUCUUGAGGCAAAAGAUGGAACUGAAGAAGGAAAACCUGUAUCAGUUUAAAUUAAGUUGAACCUCUAAAUGUACAUAAUAAUAAAAUACGUAUUUUUACAUUACUUGUUUGUGCCUCUUACAAAAAUGUCUUGGGUAAUUGUGCUGGUUUAGGACAAAUUUGGGAGAAAACCUCCAAAUGGGGGCCCCCCAAGAAAGCAAACCCACACAGUCCUUCCCCCUCAACUGGUUCAGGAAAAAUUUCCUUGGAGAGAAGUGGGAAAAAACUUGUUUAUUUAAACAGGCAAAGCACUCCCCAGCACAAAAAAUGAACAAUACCAGAUGGCAAAACUCAUUUGCUGCUCUGAAGAGAUGACAAAUUCAGAAAAUCUCUCCAGUUGGUGGUGCUCUGUUAUCAGUCCCUUGGGCACUGGGAAAAGCUGCUGCCCAGAGCAGGCCCUGCUAGACCACAAAGUGCAAGCUCUCGGUGUUUCCCUGGGUCCCAGUCUGAAACAGGCUUGAACAGUUCCAAGAAAAGGGAAAGAAAACCAGUCCAGGGAAAACAACUUUGCCUCAGCUAGCUAAACUAACUAAAAAGCAAAGGAGCACUCUGUUCUGCCCUGUCCAUGCCCAGACACACAGUCAAGCAGAAUGUGGAGGAGUGCAGGCUGAUAACAAACUCUCUGCUUCUUCUCUGAGAGCCUUCGCUCUCAGAGCCAGUCUUGAAGGCACAGAAUACAAUAUCCAGCAUAAUAAUAAUAAUUUGGGAUACAAACAUCAUAACCUCACCCUAGGACAGUAAUUAAUUUGAAUUAAUGUGACCUAAAUCAUAGAUAAGUAUGGACACAGAUAUACACAAAAUGUUUCAGUCCACUUCAAAGGUUUCCUCAAAGAAAAAAAGAGGGAAGUGGAGGGAAGGUAAUUUUUUAUCUGCAAUAAAUUUCAAGUUGCCCUGUCCUUACCAUGACAACAAUAAUUGCAUGUGUCCACCCAUAUGUUGUUGCCCACUGCAACUGAAAGAUGAGACAAAUAGUAUCUUAAAAAGGUGCCCUUAAAAGUAUGUAAAGGUGUAAUUGCCAUUGCUUUACCAAUACAAAAAUAGUAGAAUGUAAAAGCCAGGAAGUUAUUGGAGUUUAAUGAUUUCUUUCUGCUGGACAAGUGCUGUUAAAGAUAAUUUUCCAGAAUAAUACCAAUAAUUUAGUUCAUUACUUGGAUCCCUAGUGUACUAAGAUUUAUUAUGCAUUUUCUUUCUUUGACAUUUAAAUAUGGUGACUUCAAUUACAUUUCACAAGGGGGUUUUGUUAGAUGAUGUUUUCUGACGUUUUGUAUUUUUAUCCUCAACUCAUUAGAACUGUUCUUAUUAUACCAGAGGAAAAUUUUACUACUUUUUGAAGUGCAAAUAUUCUCUCUGAAUUUCAUCCCAGUUAUUAUUUUUACCAUUAACUGCAUCACAUGGUUCUUAAUCAGUUGACACCACAGUUUUGUGAGAGCAGGAUAGCAGUUCAGUAAUAUACAUUUAGGUAUAACCCAUGUCUUCUCAGGAUGCUUGGAAAACACAUGGGGCUUUUUCCUCUUGAUUAAUAUUGCAGAGGACUGUUUAUAAUGGUAUCAGAUGCUUAUUUUUUAAAUAAGAUUGUUGAUUCAAAGUUUACCUUCAAUGUACACUAUGCAUUUACACAUUCUGUAUAUUUUCAUUAAAUUGAACUUGCUGGAGUGUACUUUGGUUUUGAACCUGUUGUUCUGGUGCUGUUGAAGAAGCAGGCAUUGUUUCUUGUCUUAAUAAACACAAAAAAUUGC